GGCGGGAGGUGAGAGUCGGUUUAAAAGACAAACGCAGGGCAGGCGGUCUUUGCUUGUGACUCCAUUACGAAGCAGGAGUAUUAGGGUCCAUGCCAGUCCACUAACACUGAGCACAAGUCAGCGGGCCUUGUCACCGGUUUGGAGGCCGUUUUCUGCCAGGUUUGGGCUCCCGAGUUAUUCUCCGUGUGUGAUCAUGUUGGAGACCAGUAGGGAUGAUUUGUUCCUGCCUUCCUACCAAGAUGAAGAGAUGGUGGACAACCUGCUGUCCAGUCAGGACUUGGAUGGAGAUGGUGGUGGUGGAGUUUCCCUGGCUAAGGCCCUGCUCCCCCUGGUAGAGUCCCCCUCUCCUCCCCUCAUUCCCUGGGUCUGCUCCACCCGCUACAAGACGGAGCUCUGUACCAGCUACUCGGCCACUGGUGUCUGCAAGUACGCGGAGCGCUGCCAGUUUGCCCACGGCCUCCAUGAGCUUCAUGUUCCCUUUCACCACCCAAAGUACAAGACGGAGUUGUGCCGCAGCUACCACACUACCGGCUACUGCUAUUACGGCAGCCGCUGCCUGUUCGUCCACAAUCCCACCGAGCAGCGCCCUGCCCAGCGCCGCCGCAGGAAUGUCCCUUGCCGCACCUUCCGCUCCUUCGGCGUUUGUCCCUUUGGCACUCGCUGCAACUUCCUGCAUGUCAAAGGCGGAGAUGUGUCCACCUGUCUGGAGUCACCUGAUAUUGGCGAAGAGAAAACUCCGCCUGUUCCCAGCCCUCAGCUCCAACCACAGGCCAAGGAGUGGAAGCCACGUGGAGCUCUCUGCCGCACCUUCAGCUCAUUUGGUUUCUGCCUGUAUGGCACACGCUGUCGUUUCCAGCACGGCCUCCCCAGCAAGAUCAAAAAUUCCGACCAGAUCCAAGGAGGGUCCCUCUAUCCUCAGCUGUCCCCUGGCAGUUCAGGUUUACCAUCUCCCACCUCCCCUGUCACAGUCACAUCACCUAACUCUUCAACCUCCUCUUCUCCAUCAGCCUCCCCUCUUACCACCCCGCCUGCAGAGGCCACAGCCCAUAAUGCCUUCACCUUCUCCAGUCAGCACCUAAGUGAUCUGCUGCUGCCGCUGGCCCUCCACCUCCAGCAGCUGGAGAGCAACAAGGCCCAGGAGAUCUGGGACAACAGGGCACUCUGAGAGGAUGUGGUUGUCAUUCAUACCAGUAAUGACACUGAACAACACCACAGCUCAAUUAAAUAUGAUCUGCUGGGUUUUUUUCUCUUUUUUUUUUUUAAUUUUUAUUUUUUUUUACACCCCCCCCCCCCCUUCCCAAGGGCAUUACAUCAAUAUAUAUAAUAUAUUUUUUAAAUUGAGGUGGUUUGACUUGAGUUUGUCAGCAGGUCAAGCAGGCCUUGAGCUGUUCAGUUGUAGACCAUGCAGUCUAUAUUAGGCCCCAAAGACUUAAUAAUUCUGUACAGGUGGUCAGUGGUCUCCUGAAACACUACAGUUGUAGCUUUGAUUGUAAUUUAAUUUUUUUUAACCAUUUGUAAAUACUAUAUUAAUGAACGAAGUAAAUGUGUGACGGCGUCAUGAAUAAACAAAUUUUAAUCUCUAA